GUGCCAGCGUCUUCGCCGAGACCGCCGAGACCGGCGGUCCAGGAUCCGGCCAUCGAAGUCGCGGACGAGCGCACUCGGCGCAUCCACCGUUCGAGGCUGAGUCCUUUUCAUCCAGGUUGUUGCGCUUGGAGCAGCAGCGUGCUGUGGAUCUGCAACAGCUGCGUGAGGAGUUGAAAAAGCAGAUUUUGGAGGAUCUGAAGCCGGAACUCCAGGGGGCUUCGCCGGACGGCCUUGGAUCUGACGAGCAAAACGACGCGAACGUGGAUGACGUGAGCGGAUUUUCCACAGAGCAGCAGCAGUGCAUUGCGAGCUACGUCGAGGAGGUUCAGGCGCUGCUGCCCCGGUACCACUUGCAGAGCCGCCGCUUCGGUGGUAUCUCCAAGGCUACCAAGGCGAAGGCAGCGCCGGUGCUGGGCGCCGGCUUCGGUAGCACCGCCACGCGCUCCUUAGCUGUCUUCGGGCGUCAACUGGGCCUCAAGGUGCAUCACUUUGAUCCUCUAGAUUCGCCCAAGUGGUCCGACCUCGACCUCCGGCUGAACACAAGUUGCAGUGAGAGACAUCAGUUGAACCAGGUGAAUUUUUCAGAGCUCUUGCAUGAAACAGGCUCCGACGUCUUUUUGGACACGCCCAUGGCGGAACUCUUCCUGGACUUCUUUGCUGCUUCGCCCAGCUCGAAGGUGAUCCUAACUCUGCGGGAUUCCAAGCAGUGGGCGCUUCGCCGUCUCAAGAACUUUGCUGAUGCGCCCGUGCCGGUUCAGUCGUCCUGCGGACAUCGCUUGGACAGUCUCUCCGUGGAGGCAGCCGCACAACUCUUCGAGUCGCAUCAGAAGUUGGUUCGCUGCGUGGUGCCACCUAAGCAGUUGCUGGAGGUGAAUGUCUUCGACGGAGCCCUGAACUCCACGAAGAUUGCCCGGUUUUUGGGCGUGAAGCCGGACUUCUACGUGCCUUUCCCCAGAGUGGCCAGUCACUUCGGCUUUGAGACGUGGCACCGUGGGUCGAUUCGAUGA